AUGAACUUUAGCACUGGGCUACCAGUAAUAGAAGGGAAGACAUUUUUAGUCAAUUCUGGAAAGUGACUGUGAGGAACAAGAGCCUGGGAAAACGGACACCCUAAGGAGCAUUUUUUGGACUUGGCCAUGGGAAAUUGCACAUGAUUUGGAAAUUGCACUUUGUGACAUGGAUGAAUCUGCACUGACUCUUGGCACCAUAGAUGUUUCUUAUCUGCCAAAUUCCUCUGAAUACAGUGUUGGUCGUUGUAAACACGCCAAUGAAGAAUGGGGUGAGUGUGGGUUCGGCCCCACGGUCUUCAGAUCUGCAACCUUAAAAUGGAAAGAAAGCCUGUUGAGCCGGAAAAGGCCAUUUGUUGGACGAUGUUGUUACUCCUGCACUCCUCAGAGCUGGGAUAAAUUUUUCAACCCCAGUAUUCCAUCUUUAGGUUUGCGGAAUGUUAUUUAUAUCAAUGAGACCCACACAAGACACCGAGGAUGGCUCGCAAGGCGUCUUUCUUACGUGCUUUUCGUUCAGGAGCGAGAUGUUCACAAAGGCAUGUUUGCCACCAAUGUGACUGAAAAUGUGCUGAACAGCAGUAGAGUGCAAGAGGCAAUUGCAAAAGUCGCUGCUGAAUUAAACCCUGAUGGGUCUGCUCAACAGCAGUCAAAAGCCAUCAAUAAAGUGAACAAGAAAGCCAAAAGGAUCCUGCAGGAAAUGGUUGCCACUGUCUCACCAGCAAUGAUCAGACUGACCGGGUGGGUGCUGCUAAAACUCUUCAACAGCUUCUUUUGGAACAUUCAGAUUCAUAAGGGUCAACUGGAGAUGGUGAAGGCUGCAACUGAGACAAAUUUGCCGCUUAUAUUUCUACCAGUUCAUAGAUCACAUAUUGACUAUCUGCUGCUCACUUUCAUUCUCUUCUGCCAUAACAUCAAAGCGCCUUAUAUUGCUUCGGGCAAUAACCUCAGCAUCCCCAUCUUGAGUACAUUGAUCCAUAAGCUUGGGGGCUUUUUCAUACGACGGAGGCUCGAUGAAACACCAGAUGGACGGAAAGACAUUCUCUACAGAGCUUUGCUUCAUGGGCAUGUAGUUGAAUUACUUCGACAGCAGCAGUUCUUGGAGAUUUUCCUGGAAGGCACACGCUCUCGGAGUGGGAAGACAUCCUGUGCCCGAGCAGGACUUUUGUCUGUUGUGGUGGAUACCCUCUCUACCAACGUCAUCUCAGACAUCUUGGUCAUACCCGUGGGAAUCUCCUACGACCGUAUUAUUGAAGGGCACUACAACGGUGAACAGCUGGGGAAACCUAAGAAGAAUGAGAGUCUUUGGAGCCUGACCAGAGGCGUGAUCCGAAUGCUGCGGAAGAACUAUGGAUGUGUGCGGGUAGACUUUGCGCAGCCCUUCUCCCUGAAGGAAUAUUUAGAAAGCCAGAGUCAGAAACCAAUGUCUGCGCCCCAUUCUCUGGAGCAAGCCUUGUUACCAGCUAUCCUUCCCUCCAAGCCUAAUGAAGGUGCCGAGGAGGGCGCAGACACAGAAGCAUCAUCCCUCAAUGAGUCAAGAAAUGCUGAAGAUGAAUCCUUCCGAAGGCGGCUGAUCGCAGAUCUGGCAGAGCACAUCCUCUUCACUGCUAGCAAAUCGUGUGCCAUCAUGUCAACACACAUCGUGGCCUGCCUACUUCUCUACAGACACAGGCAGGGCAUUGAUCUCUCCACAUUGGUGGAGGACUUCUUUGCAAUGAAGGAAGAAGUCCUGGCUCGUGAUUUUGACCUGGGGUUCUCUGGAAAUUCAGAAGAUGUAGUUAUGCAUGCCAUCCAGCUGCUGGGAAAUUGUGUCACCAUCACCCACACCAGCAGGAAUGACGAGUUUUUCAUUACUCCCAGCACAACUAUCCCGUCAGUCUUUGAACUCAACUUCUACAGCAAUGGUGUACUCCACGUCUUUAUCAUGGAGGCUAUCAUAGCCUGCAGCCUUUAUGCAGUUCUAAACAAGAGGGGUUCUGGAGGGCCUGCCAGUGCGUCCCCCAACUUGGUCAGCCAGGAGCAGCUAGUUCGGAAAGCUGCCAGCCUCUGCUACUUGCUCUCGAAUGAAGGCACCUUAUCACUUCCCUGCCAGACAUUUUACCAAGUUUGCCAUGAAACAGUAGGAAGGUUUAUCCAGUACGGCAUUCUCACAGUGGCAGAGCAAGAUGAUCAAGAGGACAUGAGCCCUGGUCUUGCUGAGCAGCACUGGGGCAAGAAGCUGCCUGCUCCUAUGUCUUGGCGCAGUGAUGAAGAAGAUGAAGACAGUGACUUUGGUGAGGAGCAGCGAGAUUGCUUUCUGAAGGUGAGCCAGUCCAAGCAGCAUCAGCAGUUCCUCACCUUCCUGCAGAGGCUCCUGGGCCCUCUGCUGGAGGCCUACAGCUCUGCUGCCAUCUUCAUCCACAAUUUUAGUGGGCCUGUGGCCGAGCCUGAGUACCUGCAGAAGCUUCACAAAUACCUGCUCACCAGGACUGAGCGGAGUGUGGCAGUGUACGCUGAGAGUGCCACCUAUUGCCUCGUGAAGAAUGCUGUGAAAAUGUUUAAAGAUAUUGGGGUUUUCAAAGAGACCAAACAAAAGCGAGUGUCUGUUCUAGAACUCAGCAGCACUUUUCUACCUCAGUGCAACCGUCAGAAACUCCUGGAGUACAUCCUGAGCUUCGUGGUGCUGUAGGUCACGCCGGCAAGUGGCAGCCAGGGGACGGGACCAUUCCCACGUAGGCUCCGGCCUCGAGCUGGAGAGCAGAAGGUGCCACGUGUGGUCCGGUGGGACCUCCUGGGAGACAAGUGCCUUCGCCCAUCCCUCGUCUGUGGAUCUUUGCACGUCCCUGUCGCUGAGGAGCCCACAGGCAAUGCUCGUGGGCAGGGUUGGGGGCUGCAGCCUCUGUGGGAACAGAAUCAGUAGAUUAUGAAAUGAAAUCUGAAAAGAAAAUGAUUUUGCAGCUUAUUAAAUUUACAUUUUAAGUACGACUUACUGUUAAGGACUAAUUGCUGUGAUGGCUGCAAACAAAAUGUAGUUGUGCUCUAGACCUGAAUUUUGUAGACUCCUGCUGUCAGGUGAUUUGUUAGUUUAAUUUCCGAUGGUCAGUGCUUCCUCUGAAAAUCAUGGAAUUGUCCCUUCACUGUUUGUUCCUUUGCAGGUUUAUCUUUGUUGAUCGUGACUCAGCUUUAAAUGUGACCCCCCUUUCCCUUUUCCUCCCCCAAAGUGCUUUACAAAUAAUUGGGCUCAUGUGCAUCAACUCCAGGAAUCAUUGUGCUGCCCCCUGCUGCCAGGCUAAGGAAGUGUUUUGACCUAAUCCAGGGAACCUAUUUUUGAGCCCUAUCAGUUAAGGUCCAGAGCUCCGGGAAUUCCAGACAGCUGAUAUCAAGAAGUCAAUUUGGCUGGCCAGAUUCAAGGUGAACUUGGCCAGAGAGCUGAAUUAAAAAACGUCUUGCUCAUUUCAAAAGUGCCAUUGUUUUAAAUAACCAGCAAGUAUUUUGGAACAACUCCUGCUUCCUCUCUGUACUGCUCCGGACCCUGGUACCUGCCUCUCUCUGGUCCUGCUGUUCCUCAUGAACCUCCAGCCAGAGAGCGGCCAUGCCGACCUGCAUCCUUUGGUCUGAUGGACCGUGUUGGCUCCACUGCCAGGCCUUGAAGAGGAGUGAAUGUGCUUGUGUGCCUGUAUGGGCUUGGCUUCCCAGUCAUUAGACAGCGUGUGGCCUGUUCAGUGUACUGACAGGUCAGUUUGCUGGUAAAUGGAUGGAGGCAUUUAUCAAAAAAUUUUUUUAGCUUCAAGGAAAAUUGAAAUCACAGUUUUUAAAAGUUUUUAAUGGAUUGUCUUCCUAAACCUCAAUGCCAGAUAGUGGCAAAUGAUUAGGAAAAUUGACUCUGGCAGGCAGGUGCCUUUUGGCAGCAGGGAGCAUACUGGUAAGCCAGUUGUAGUAAUUAUGAUGAAUUGUUAAAAAUCAUGUGAUAUGAGACCGUGUUCUAACAGUGUAUGGUUCUUUCGCUGCUUGGUAUUAUUUAUGGAGCCAGGAAUCUGCCAGAUGAAGAUUGCCUAGUUUUUUAAUUUAAUAUGAGAGGACUGAGAAUUAAGUUUGUGCUUUGAGAUGUUUGGAUUU